AUGGCAGAAGAUUCACCAUUUGUAGCGAUGCUUGUUGACAUGGGAUUCUCCAAAGAACGCUCAGAAAAAGCACUUAAGGCUACUGGCAAUGUUGGAGUACAACCUGCAAUGGACUGGUUGUUUUCUAAUACUGAAGACGAAGUUCCCCAAACUGGAGCUAGUUCGGCAGAGACUCAAGUUUCACCGCAAGAGUCUUCCUCAGCGCAAAGUAGUGCAAGUACUGCGACAGCAAGUACUGAGAAAGUUGAAUAUCACGCAACUAAAUCCGGCCAUGACAGUUUCUCCGAGAGUCUCGAAGAGAAAAAGCCACUGACUGAAGAUGAAAAGAAAGAAAAAUUGAAGCAGCUGGAGGAAAAAAUGCGACAGAAGCGCAAAGAACGCGAGGAACUCGAGAAGCAAGAGAGUCUUGAAAAAGAAAAAAUUAGAAUCAAAUCCGGAAAAGAAAUGGCUGAAGCUAAAAAAAAAAUGGAAGAGCUUGAGAUGAAAAAACUUCUGGAGCAACGGAAGCGCGAAAAAGAAGAGGACAGAAUUGCCCGGCAGGCGAUCCGCGAGAAGAUAGAAGCUGACAAAGCAGCUCGUCGCGCAAAAGCUGCCGCUGAGUAUGGAAAUUUGGUUCCUUCUGUACCAGUUCCAACUCCAGCUCCAGCUCCAGCACCAGCUCCAACGCCCGCAGCUCCCAAGCGUGAUUACACUGAAACUAGACUGCAAAUCCGACUGACCAAUGGCGACACUCUCACACAAACCUUCGGCGCCAAGGAACAGUUGUCUGCUGUCAGACUCUACAUCGAAAUGAACCGAACAGAUCCUCCAGGGCCUUUCAACUUGUUGACAAACUUUCCUAGAAAAGUAUUCUCCUUUGAGGAUUAUGAUGCACCGCUUGACGUUCUUGGUCUCGUGCCGUCAGCUGUUGUAAUUGUACAGAAGAAAGUCGAAUGA